CCUCCAUUCUCUUAGGCACGGUCGAGGACAUUGUCAUAGCACUCGCACGAGUACUGCCCAGGUUCAGAGGCGCCAACUUCACGAGAGAACCACUACCCGCCGUCUUCUCUCGACCCUUUUCGAAAAGCCGUGCCCUCCGCCUCAAUGUCUCAACCGGCCACGAUGAAAUCACCCAAGCUUCCCACAUACUGGGGCUCGGACGUAGACACGAUGCGAAAGCCUGGGGUGCCCAUAUUCUCCAAGACAGCCGCCCACGUGCCUCCACGUCCAAAGGUUCCGAACGGCUACACCACUCUGGCCGGCGCGGUAUGCCACGGUCGCGUCAGCGAUCUUGAGGCUAUGGUGCCGUCGCAGUGGUGGCAGACGGUGUUCGCCGACUCAAUGUACCUGAAGACCGACGGCGACGUGGUUGAGGAUCCGCAGAUCACUAAGGAGGAGGUGGGGUUGUUGCAGAGCGAUGUGGAGCUGAAGAGCAUUUUUGAGCGUGGAUUGAACAAGGCGGCUGCGGGCACUCGACCCGCACGGGUCCUUGAUCUAUGCUGUGGACAGGGCAGGCAUAUCCUGCAUCUCGCCCAGGAAUAUCCUUACCUUUCGCUCCACGGCCAUGAUCAAUCAUCAUAUCUAAUCUCCCUGGCCCAAGAGCGUGCCGCCGCUCAGCAAAUGACGACAAAAACAGCUUUCACGGUUGGUGACUGCCGUCAAGUUCCGUACCCGGACAGGACUUUCGACCUCGUCAUGGUCAUGGGCAACUCGUUUGGUUACUUUGCGGACGAAGAUGGCGACCGCACUGUUUUGAGUGAGAUUUUUCGUGUGCUGGCUCCCGGGGGUCGCAUAGUUCUCGACCUCACCGAUGGUGACUACAUGAGGCAUAACUUUGCAGAAAGAAGCUGGGAAUGGAUUGACGACACGACGUUCGUGUGCCGUGAAAGGCAACUUAGCAAAGAUGGCCUUCGUCUGAGCUCUCGCGAGGUCGUGACACUCACCACAAAGGGUGUCAUCAGGGAUCAAUUCUACCAAGAACGGUUGUACGGCCGAGAGGAGCUACAAGAGCUGUUCAAAAGGGCCGGCUUCGAAGUUCAGGAGAACAAGACGGACCUCGAUCCCAUCACCCUCGGCAAAGAUCUCAGCAAGAGGAAAGAAGAUUUGGGAAUGAUGGAGCAGAGAGUCCUAAUGACUGGCAAGAAGCCAUUCGUGAAGGAGAAUCUGCACGAGUUUGGAAAGAAGCUGUCGAAUGGUGUGCACCAUAUGCAGCACAAGCCCAACGGCGUGCGUCAUCACAUCAAUGGAGCUGUGAAUGGGUUCCAUCCCAACGGCCACAUCAAUGGCACCCACAAGAACGCCGCUGCAAGAUCGAUCUCCAUCGAGUCAACAACCGAAGAUGGCAAAGUCUUGCCUGCGCCCUUCGAGCGCAUCACUGUUCUUCUCGGCGAUCCCGCCCUCCCCUGCAUCGGGAAAUUGAACGACACCUGGAACCCGGAGGACAUUGAAACCCGAAAGAAGCUUUUCAAUGCGUUGCACGAACUUGGAUACCCUCCUGAUGCGAUCACGGUCUUGGACCGUCACGAGACGUUUGUCCGACAACUGAGCGAUACCCCACCAUUGUUUGUACUGAAUCUCUGCGACGAGGGUUUCGAAAACGACGCCCUCAAGGAGCUGCACGUCCCCGCUUUGCUCGAUCUUCUCAAUAUCCCGUAUUCAGGCGCUGGAGCCAACUGCUUGGCCCAUUGCUACGAUAAGGGUCUUGUGAAUCGGACCGCUGCAGCUAUCGGCGUUCCAACGCCAAAGGAAAUUUUUUAUGCUACUGCCACGGCCACACCAGCGGUCCAAAGCCCUGAGCGAUUGCACGAAAUCAUCUCUCGCGAGAUCGGCUACCCAGCUUUCAUCAAGCCGGUGAAGGGCGACAAUUCGCUCGGCAUCACCACCAGAUCCAUCGUCAACAACGAAACGGAGCUGGACACGUACAUGGCAGAAUUAGGCUCCAAAGGAAUUCGAGACAUAAUAGUGCAAGAAUACCUCGAAGGCGCCGAAUACGGCGUCGGCAUGGUCGGCAACCGCGAGACCGGCUUCCACUUUUUCCCCAUCCUCGAAGUCGACUACAGCCGAAUCACAGCCAAGUCUCUCCCACCCAUCCUCGGCUUCGAGAGCAAGUGGGACCCAAGUUCGCCGUACUGGACGGAUAUCACCUACAAGCGCGCGUCGGGGUUGUCGGACGAGCUAGUAAAGCAGUUGCACGAGUGGUGUGUGGCCCUAUCGGAUCGGUUCGGAUGCAGAGACUACGCCCGUUUCGAUUUCCGCGCCGAUAAGGCUGAUGGUACCGGCACCAUCAAGCUGUUGGAGGUCAACCCGAACCCUGGAUGGUGUUGGGACGGGAAGCUGGCCUACAUGGGCAAGCUGGAAGGUCUGCAAUACCAUGAUGUUCUCGGCAUGGUUCUGAAGGCUGCGUGGCAGAGGCUGAACCACCCGUCGGCGACGACGAAGGGGUCGACGCCCGUAACGUACGAAGGAUCCGUUCCGCUCGACAAAUCGGAGGGGCCGGUCGGUUCACGCGUUCGCAACGGCACAUACGCGUCGGCUGCUCAAAAUGGCCAUCAGUCUAGCGCCCGAAAUGGCUCGAAUGGGGCAGCCCAUCCGAACGAUGGUGUGGCGUUGACAGCCGAAUGAGAUUUGACCGUUUCGGUACAGCCGGUGCAG